CCGGGGAAACGGAGUUCUGAGGGUGUACGGGAUUGUGCCGGUGGACUAGAAACUCCCGCCAUUUCGACAAGGAAUUAACCUCUUGAUUGAUCAGGUUACUCUCUCGUAACUCUUGCUAGCGCUGUUAUCGAUAACAAGAAGCUCCGACACUACGAUCAUGCAACAGAUACAGUUUAAACAAGAGCAGGCCUAAUUUGCACAGACUUUCAUUGGGACUGUACAGCGCGCCAGACCUCCCGCUGAACCGAGCUUUGGCUGUUGCCGCGAGUUUAGUGUCGGUGCGGGUUGCAUCCUUUCAUGUGAAGGAACUGAAAGUUUAACAACUAUCCCGGGAAGCAAGUCCGGCAACGUGUUUUGCAUUUAAAGACAGUGCGAAGACCCAGCAUGGCACCGCUGCUCGAGGAGCGGCGAAUGUUGCGAUGAGGCCGGUGGCAAGAAGCGCACUGUUAUUGUUUUGCAACGAGAUAGCAAUCCAAGCUGCUAGCUAGUCAGCUAGCUGCUACACGUUGAGUGCCGGGCCUGCCGGCGGUAACGUGAGACGUGCUAUCGUUCGGCUUUGAUAUUUCGGGCACUUGGAUACAUGCUACGGAUAUAUCACCGUGUAUUGUUGUACUAGUUUGUCACUAGAAGAUCUAAUUUUACCUUCGGCACUCGUGCCACCUCUGAAAUUGAAAUGGCACCGCUUUUGGGCCGGAAACCGUACCCACUGGCUAAGCCGCUAGCCGAGCCACCAGGCCCGGGAGAGGAGGUCUACAUCAUCGAGCACACCAAGGAGGCCUUCAGGAACAAAGAAGAAUACGAGGCGCGCUUGCAGAGGUACAGUGAACGCAUCUGGACCUGCAAGAGCACAGGAAGUCUCCAGCUCACACACAAGGAAGCAUGGGAGGAAGAACAAGAAGUCACAGAACUCCUCCAGGAGGAGUAUCCCCAGUGGUUUGAGAAGCCAGUCCUCGAAAUGGUUCACCACAACACAGUGUCUUUAGACAAACUGGUGGAAAUGGCCUGGGUGGAAAUCCUCACCAAGUAUGCAGUCGGGGAAGAGUGUGACUUCGUGGUGGGGAAGGACAAAAGUUUGCGAGUGAAGGUGGUAAAGAUCCAUCCCCUAGAAAACCCAGAGGGUGAGCCAGGGGAGAAGAAGCUUGAAGGUGCCUGUGACUCUCCAUCCAGCGACAAGGAAAACGCAAGCCAGGAAAACCAGAGGAAGGAGCCGCCUCCCAGAGAGGAAGAGAACAGGAGAGAGAGUCUAAGUGACAGAGCACGUCGUUCUCCCAGGAAAGCUUCCACAGCCAUGAAAGAGGAGCGGAAGAAAUGGGCAAUGCCUAAAUUCCUUCCUCAUAAGUACGACGUGAAGCUCGUCAAUGAGGAUAAGGUGAUCAGUGAUGUCCCAGCAGACAGUCUUUACAGAACAGAGCGUCCUCCGACCAAGGAGAUUGUGCGCUACUUCAUCAGGCACUAUGCUCUGAGGCUGGGAAAAGGAGAGAGCGCUCCCUGGGUGGUUGAAGAUGAAUUGGUGAAGAAAUUUAACCUACCCAGCAAAUUCAGUGACUUUCUUCUUGAUCCACAUAAGUUUUUGGCAGAAAAUCCCUCCACAAAGCGUAAGAGCUUGACAUCUCCAGAGGGUAAACCCAGCAAGAAGCCUAAGACCACUGACACUCCUGGAGAAGAUUCAGGAAAUGAGAAGGGAGAAAAGAAGAAGAAAAAGAAGAAAGAUUCCUUAGGCAUGCCACUUAGUCCCACUAUCUGGGGCCACAUGCAGAAAAUAAAAAUGAAUGGUUCUCCUCUCAAGGUAAAGAACUCUGGAACUCCUAAGAAAGGGGAAGGAAAAAGCUCAGCUCCCUCCACUCCUAAAUCUGGCAAAAAGUCGGGGGAUAAGAAGGAGGGAAAGAAAACUGGAAAGAGCGGCGAUAAGAAGCUCAAUGUUCUCAAAACCUCUAAAAAGGACGGUAAAGCUGGAGCUAAGACACCAAAGAUGAAGCAGAUGACUCUGCUACAUUUGGCUAAGAGCACUCCUGCAGGGAGCCCUAAGAAGAGAGUCCGGAGUACAGGCAAGGGCACGCCUAAACUGGGGAAACCACUGCACCCUAUGGCUCUUCACCUCCUCCGUUACUAUAAGGAGAACAAGGGUAAAGAGGAUAAAAAGAACUUCCUUUCCUCCCUCAUCUCCAAAGCUGCCAAGACCUUGUCCUCAGAUGACCGUGGCCGUCUGCCAGAGGAGCUCAAGGAACUCGUACAAAAACGCUGGGAGCUUCUGGAACAGAAGAAGCGAUGGGCAGCCAUGAGCGAAGAGGAAAGGAAGGAAGAGAUGAAGAAGAAACGUGAGGAACUCAAAGAGAAACUGAGAGAAAAGGCCAAAGAGAGACGCGAGAAGGAGAUGUUGGUCCGACGCGAACAGUCACGUAGAUACGAGGACCAAGAGAUCGAAUGUGGCAAGACCCUGCCGUCAUUCAAGCUUGUAGACAUGCCUGAGGGGUUGCCCAACACCCUGUUUGGCAAUGUGGCCAUGGUUGUGGACUUCCUUAGCUGUUAUGCAGGGCUGCUGAUGCCAGAAGACCAGUAUCCCAUCACAGCAGUGGCUCUGAUGGAAGCGCUGGUCGGGGAAGGGUCCGGCUUCCUCUACUUGAACCGUGUGUUGGUGGUGCUGCUCCAGACACUGCUGCAGGAUGAGCUGGCUGAAGGCUACAGUGAACUUGACAUGCCCCUAUCUGAGAUCCCCCUUACCAUGCACUCUGCGUCAGAGCUGGCACGGUUGUGCCUGCGACCAUGUGACGCUCAUGGUGAGGAGAGUGCCCAGGGUUCGGAGGAUUCGGGGGCUGUGGGUGGUUUUGAUGAUGUGGUGACCAGUGAGUUCCUGGACAAGCUUGAGACAAUCGAGGUGUUUGAGCUGAGCCCGGAGGAGAAGGUCACCCUGUUGGUGGCACUGUGCCACCGCAUCCUCAUGACAUACUCAGUGGAGGACCAUGUUGAUGCAACGCAGCAACGGUCUGCUGAGCUGUGGAAGGAGCGUCUGGCAAUGCUGAAAGAGGUCAAUGACCGCAAAAAGGCUGAGAGGAAGAUGCGCAAGGAGAUGGAGAGCAAAGGUGAGAAGAAAAAAGAGGGUGGUGCAAAGAAGGAGAAGGAGAAGAAGAAAGAAGUAAAGGUGGAGCCAGAGCCAGAGCCUGAAGACAUGAUCAGCUCAGUGAAGAGUCGGCGGCUGAUGGCCAUGCAGGCCAAGAAGGAAAAGGAGGAGAUGGACAGACAGAACAAAGAGCGCAUGGAGAAGGAGGCUGAGGAGGAACGGAUGCGCCGACAGAGAGCCUCUGCAGAACGGGCCUUUCAGGAUGGAAUAACCAAAGCCAGGCUCGUGAUGCGCAGAGCCCCACUGGGUACCGACAGAAAUCAUAACAGGUACUGGCUUUUCUCUGACGUGGUUCCUGGUCUGUACAUUGAGAAAGGCUGGGUGCAUGAAAGCAUCGAUUACAGCUUCACCCCUCCCCCAGAGGAAAAACCAGAGGAAAAACCAGUGGAGCCUGAAGUAGAGGACGAAGAGGACAUUGAGGCAGCUGCUGCUCCCGAUUCACAAGUAGCUGAAAAGGAUGAUGGAAGUAUGGAUGGUGCUGUCAGUGAAGGAGCCCAGCCGGGAGCAGCAGCAGAGGUCUGCAUAGAAACUACUGUCCCCAAACAGGGACAGAACCUUUGGUUCAUAUGUGACAACAUACCUGAGCUGGAAGAACUGGUGGAAAGUCUUCAUCCUCAGGGUGUCCGAGAGAGUGAACUGAAGGCAAAGAUCCAAAGCAGGUACCAGGACAUCAUUCACUCCAUCCAUUUGACCCGUAAGGGCAAACUGGGCCUCAGGACCUGUGAUGGCUCCUCGGAGCUGCUCAAAUAUCUGCGCAGUGACAUCCAGGAGGUAGCCUCACGACUCCAGAAGGGAGGUCUGGGAUACCUGGAUGACAACACAGACAUCGAAGAGCAAUUGAAAGGCAUGGAGAGCUUGAAAGACUUCGGCGAGUGUAUCAUCACAAUUCAGGCCUGUGUAAUCAAAAAGUUCCUGCAGGGCUUCAUGGCUCCUAAGCAGAAAAAGAAGAAAAAGCAAGGAGGGGAAGAAAGCAGCAAGACCGAAGAGGUGGACGAGGAGAAGAGGCUGGCAGAAGAGGCCAGGGUAGCCACAGCGGUAGAGAAGUGGAGGACGGCCAUCCGAGAGGCCCAGACCUUCUCCCGGAUGCACGUGCUGCUGGGAAUGCUGGACGCAUGCAUAAAAUGGGACAUGUCUGCUGAGAACGCUCGCUGCAAAGUCUGUCGCAGGAAAGGUGAUGAUGAGAAACUUAUCCUCUGUGACGAGUGCAACAAGGCCUUCCACCUGUUCUGCCUGCGACCGGCUUUGUACCGCAUCCCUGCUGGAGAGUGGCUGUGUCCGGCCUGCCAGCCCACCGUAGCCAGACGUGGCUCCCGCUCAAGAAACUAUAACCAAGACACGGAUGAAGAGGAGAGUGAGGAGGAGUCUGAGGAGGAGGAAUCUGAGGAAGAUGAAGAGGAUGAGGAAGAUAACGACUACAAAGCCAUGGGACACAGCUUGAGACCAAGGAAAAAAAAUAAGCAGUCCUCGUCUCGGCAAAAGAGCUCCAAAAGUAAAUCCAAGAAGCCAUCCUCUUCUAGUAAUCAGAGCAGCAAGCAGAGGACAGGCCCCAACAGCCCUGCAGACAUUGACGAACUGGUGCGACUUAGUUCCCAAACAGGAGUGCGCAGGCAGGUGCUGGAGUUGGAGAGGUGUGAGGAAAUCCUCAAGAAACUGAUGAAAUUCCGCUACAGCUGGCCAUUCAGGGAGCCUGUUUCCCCAGAGGAGGCAGAGGACUACCUAGACAUCAUCUCCCAGCCCAUGGAUUUCCAGACAAUGCUGGGAAAGUUCAGCCAAAACUCGUACCGCCACGCCCAGGAUUUCCUGGAAGACAUGAAACUGGUCUUCUCCAACGCGGAGGAGUACAACCAGCAGGGCAGCACCGUGCUCUCAUGUAUGGUCAAGACGGAGCAGUCGCUCACUGAGCUGCUCCAGAAGCUGCUGCCCGGCCUCAGCUACCUCCGGCGGCGCUCACGUAAGCGUGUCAGCCAAGCCCCUGCAUCAUCUGAGGAGGAGGAGGAGGAAGAAGAGGAAGAAGAUGAAGAAGCAGAUGAGGAGGAGGAAGAUGAGGAGCAGGACAACGACGCGAAGAAGAAGAUGCAAAAUGGCAAAUCAAACAGGAAGAAAACAAGAAAUGGCCGGGGACGCAAGGAUGAGGAGAGUGAGAGCGAUGAAGAUGAUGAUGGGGAGGAGGAGGAGGAGCAGGAAGACAAUGAUGAUGGCAAGAGGAGAAGUAAGCGGACCUCUGCCACCUCAGGCAGGAAGGAUUACAGGGAGCAGGAUAGCGAUGGCGAGCGGGAAACACGGAGAACUCGUCACCGGGGGGGCCGGGGCGACGCUGGAGGGGCGAGCAGCGACGAGGACCGGUCCAGCCAGCAGCGACAUUCCAAGAGACAGAAACGCUCAUGAAAUCCAGGGUGCUGUUUUGUUAUCUCUAUUUGCUUUAACAAAAAAAAAAAAAAAAAAAAAGUCUCGCUCCUCCGACAAAUGACCAUGAGACCUCCAUCUCCUCCUCCCACAGCCAGCGGGACUUUAUCCUCAGAAGGACUGUUUUUUUGUGUUCCUGAAUUCAUGUUCCUAUUUUGAAAAAAACAACAGAAGAAACUGAUUUAUAUUUGUAAACAUGUUUACUAUCUUUGAUGUUUUUUUCAACCCAGAAAAAUGAGAUGCUUGAGAUAACAGAGAGGAGGUCCUCAUAGGUCUUAAGACUCCUCGAUUGAAAUUUCACUUCCAAGUUGACAACCUCACACAAGUGUAAUUUGACGUUAGUGUUGUCCCAUGAACUGCUUUUUGUUUUGGUUUUUUUUUACAUUUGCUUUUUCCAAACACCAGUGCAGUGUAAUCAGCGGUCUGUCGUCACUCUCGGCACACAUAGUCAAGCCAUCACUUUACUGCAGUGUAAAUCUAGCUGUCACAUGUUUGUCCCAUCCACAUCUCUGUCAGGUCAUCGUGUUUUCACUGACUACAAGAGAUGAUGUCUGUGCAGCUGAAACUCAUUUUUGCUUAACAAUGCUGAUGGCCCUCAUCUUUAAGUUGCUCUUAUUUCUUGCCACCAAAUUUAUCUUUGGUUGAAUGCAAGUCUAUAGAUAAACAUGAUAGAAUUUUACUAGUUGUUGUAUUUGUUUUUUGUUUGUUUGUUUACGCGGCCCAUGUUCAAAUUUAUUGUCGAAAGCUGGGUUGAAACUGCAGAUCACAUUUGUAGUCCCAUCAUUUUAAAUAGAAAAAAAGGAAAAAAAAAAGUUUCAUGUCAGCUCUUGGUGCCAGGAUGUUUCAGGGACCUGACUUGGAGUCUCUCUUUUGGCUUGUAGAGCUGAGCAGCCUUUUUCUCCUCUGUAGUGCCCUGCCACUUUAAACGAACCGGUACCUCAAAUGAUCCGUCAGUUUGCACUCCUCCUGUGUAAAGUGCACCUAUUAUGCCAGCAGCUGCAGGACCAUACUUUAUUGAAAUUAUGUGCAUAAACAUUUGUAAACAGUGUUUAAAACGGCAAAUGUGAUGUUUGUUAAGAAAACGGGCAUUUUUGAAUAUUUGAUAUUUUUUGCACAUUUUAUUUGGUAUUGUAAAUGAUAACUUGUUAGUGGAUCUUAAUCACAUCCAGCAAAAUUGCGAGGUAGAACCAGGGCUCUCCCAGUCAGUGCAGAGAACAUGUCAGCGUCGCUUUGCUUUUCAAUCACACGAGAAAUUGUCACUUGUACAUUUUGUGAGAAACACAUAAUGGCCCUGCUGUUCACUUAAAUGGAAUAAGUGGGUUAAAUGAAAUUGAAGGUUUUCCAGCACAUGUCCUGGUUCAGUCACCAGGUGGUGCUCUAUUCCUGCACUUUGAGUACUCUCGUCCUAGCAUUUUCCAAGGAAUUCAGUCAGAGCACUGCUACCUAAACACCUGACUCUCACUGCUUUAUGCUCUCACUGGUCAUCAAAGGACAGAGUGCGUCAUAGUGCUGGUAUAUUUUAGCUUCUCGAAUUGUUUUCUAGUAACUUCUCGACACUGAGCAGAGAAUCUUCUGAAAAAAAGUCAGUUUCACUUUUGAAACAACACCCACUACACCACAAAAAAAGAGAGAACUGUGUAGUUUUUGGUGAGGUUGCCAGCAGUGUGUAUAUCUACAUAUAUAUAUGUGUACUGAUAAGGCAGUGGUUGGUUUGCCCUCAUCUGUCUGUUCUGUGCUGUUUGCCUGUGUUUUUACUAGUGCCGUUGUCAUCCAGACUUUCCUGAUUUCAGUCAGCCACUGAUUGUUUUUACCCUUCUCUAUUAUUGCUGUCUAAAUUUGACUCUGUUCCUGACGUGAUUAAGAAUUGUCAAAAAUCACUUAUCGUUUGACAUUUCAGCGAUCAAGCAAAAGGUGACUGCCCUCCUCAAAAUGAGACCCAAAUGUAAAUGCUUUCUUUGUUCUUGGAGGGACUGCAAAAUUCUUUUACACUUCCUUUUUUUAUAUAUAUAUUUAUAGUCUCUAAAGCUGGGUUUGGGCAGGGUCUGAGGAUUCACAUGUAAAGAAUUUCAAAUAAAGGCUAUGGACGAAGA